UCCCCCUCCCCCGGCCCUGACAAUCGGAUACGUGGUGCUGCUGCUGCUGCCCCGGAGCUCCCGGUGGAAGCUGCACAGAAUGCUGCACAGGGCGGCAGCCCCUAGGGGUGUGAGCCCGGGAUGAGGGUCCCCCAUUAACUCUGCACCAUGAGGAUCCACUGCAAGCUUCUGGCCAGCCUGCUCGGUCUGGGGGGGCUCCUGGUCUUGUAUCUCCUGCUGGGGGGUGCAGAGGAGCCCCCUGUAAGAGAAAUCCGGGGAACCAAAGUCCCUGCUGCCCCCUCUGGACAUGGCAAGGUGCAGCCCACCACCCCCGUGCACUUCAGGGCAAUAGAGGGUCACAACCCCAAAAGAGACCCCAGGUUGAAAAAGAAGAAAAGCAAUGUCAGAGUGCCAAGCGUUCCAGAACGGAAACCACAAGCACCAGCCCCAGAGGAAUGGAUGCACCUUGCCGUGGUGGCAUGCGGGGAACGCGUAGAGGAAACGGUCACCAUGCUGAAAUCUGCCGUGCUCUUCAGUGUGAAAAAAAUCCGAUUUCACAUAUUUGCAGAGGAUGCAUUAAAACCGGAGUUUGAACACAAGCUUGCAGAAUGGCCGCGUCCGUUAUCUAGAAAGUUUGACUACAAGAUUUACCCAAUUUCUUUUUCCGUUGGAAAUGCUCAAGAAUGGAAGAAAUUAUUCAAGCCCUGCGCCUCACAGCGUCUUUUCCUUCCGAUGAUCCUACAAGAUGUGGACUCUUUGCUGUACGUAGACACCGAUGUUCUGUUCCUGAGGCCUCUGGAUGACAUCUGGCAAUUUCUGAAGCACUUCAAUAGCACACAGCUGGCAGCGAUGGCUCCCGAACAUGAGGUCCCAAAGAUUGGAUGGUACAGUCGGUUCGCCCGACAUCCGUUCUACGGCACAACAGGAGUCAACUCUGGGGUCAUGUUAAUGAACCUGACUCGUAUCAGGAGUCGGCAGUUCAAGAACAACAUGAUCCCGGCUGGUCUGACUUGGGAAGAGAUGCUUCACCCGCUGUAUCAGAAAUACAAGAAUUACAUCACUUGGGGAGACCAGGACUUACUUAAUAUUAUUUUUUAUUUCAACCCUGAGAGCCUGUAUGUGUUCCCGUGCCAGUGGAAUUAUCGGCCCGACCACUGCAUGUACGGCAGUAACUGUAAGUCGGCAGAGGAGGACGGUGUCUACAUUCUCCACGGCAACAGAGGCGUGUACCAUGAUGACAAGCAGCCGGCUUUUAAAGCCUUCUAUGAAGUCAUUCGAGACUAUCCAUUUGAUGGAAAUCUCUUUCAGUCAAUGUAUUACCCCCUCCAGACCAAGUUCCUGGAAAGCGUCCACACGUUAUGUGGCAGAAUUCCGCAAGUGUUCCUCAAACAGAUCGAGCAGACGAUGAAGAGGCUGUAUGAGAGGCGAGUGAUUGUCCACGCCGGUUCCCGAGUCAGAAUCUGACCCUAAUCCACAUUAAUUGGGUCCUUCCAACGCCAAUUGCUGAGUGGAAGUCGUCGUCCUUCGGAUGUUAUCUCAAGUUUUUGUGGACAAAGUUUUUUUUUUUAUGGGUGAACAGUUGAGUGGAAAACUAUGCAAUAAGGAAAGACGCCAGUUUGGAUUGUUGUAUUCUGCAAUUGUACAUAGACAUAUAUAAAGCGACCCAGCAGAAUAUCCUGGAAUACCAAUAUCAAACUGAGUGGGGGUGAGGUGGACUCUGCAUCGCUUGGCAUACCAAAAAGAAAAUCUGUCAAACAGAAUUAUACAUUACAAAGAAUAUGAAUUCCGUUUUCUAGGGAAUGUAUGACUUUUUAAUGCUUUUUUUUUUUACAUUAUAUAUUUAGGUUCUUAUUGUGUGCAGUAGAACUGUGGUAUUCUCAGAAAUGGAAGUGCUGCUGUUCUUCAUAUAAUUUUAGGUCCAGGAUCUCCAAUGAACAGUUAAUAAGGGCUGCCGUGAUCUUGGGUGAUGACCAAAAGGGUGGAAAUGCUGCAAUAUUGUUACUGGGACAGAAGGAUGGUGAUCAUUUUAUUAAAUAGGAUCUAUGAAACUUUUCGGUACUGGAUUUGAAGGCGCUAUGAUAAUGCACAUCACCCAAUUAUUCCAAAUAACAGUGGCCAAAGUGAGUGUGGCCUACUGGAUUGUGGGGGUGGCCGGAUAGACUGUGGGAUCAGAGACGUGGUUAUUUUUAUUUAUUUUUUUGUCCAGGCUUGUUUGGAGGUUUUAUGAAUGUUGUUGUUUUACACCAUACUAGAAGCUUCAAGUUGAAAUAUUAAGGUUAUUUAUGGAAUAAACAAGUUUACUUAGUUACUAAA